GUGGAAAACUUGCGGAAAAGUACGACGCUUUCGUUUUUUGCUCCUUGGGCAUGAAUGGCACAGAUGCCAAAGCACGGGCGACAGCCAGCCGAGUCACCCAUUUGAAUGGUAAGGAUCAGAAGAAAGAGUAUAGCAACUGGCGGAAAGAGCAGGGGGUAACCGGCGUUACAAGAAGAAAGCUCAUCGUGACGACACUAGACUCGUUCGGCGAACUGCGUAAGAUUGCGGCCGAUGUCGGCGAUAAGUGGG